AUGGCGUCGGAACCUGACAAGAAGCGCAAGGAACCGGAGAAAUUGUGCCGUACAUCCAUGAAUUUGUACAAGUUCGCGGUGAAUCUGAUAGGUUUGGCAUUCGGCUUUUUCCAUUGGUGGCAUGUGUCGACGCUGUUCGAAAAUGACCGGCAUUUCUCGCAUCUGUCCGAGAUCGAGAGGGAAAUGUCUUUCCGCACAGAAAUGGGGAUGUAUUACUCGUACUACAAGACGAUCGCGGAAUCGAAAACGUUCAUGGAAGGACUGAGAAAAAUUAGCCACGAUAACAUUUCCGAGUACGGGAACGUUUUCAACGCGGCUAGAAAGUAUAGCUUGUUGCCAGAGCUGGUAGCCGGAUGUCUUUAUCAUUGCUCCAAGAGUCUGGGGAUUAUAUCCAUUGUGCAGUGCUGGCAAGUAGAAAGAGGAGAAGGUGUGCCACCGGUGACCAGCUGCGAGGGUCUGGGUGUUCCAGUUUAUUUUUACUUAGAGAUUGUUUGGCUUUCCACUAUAGUCACAGUGGCUGUACUCUUCUAUUAUGCUGUGUACCUAGGAAACAGCGUGAGCAGUGGAAUUAUAGCUGUACUCCUAUUCUUUUACAAUCACAACGAGUGUACCCGUGUUCAAUGGACACCACCGCUGAGAGAAACCUUUGCCUAUCCUGCACUUCUCUAUCAAAUGUACAUAUUGACUGUGAUUCUCAGAGAAGGCACUCUGCAAGACACUAGAAAAGUGCCUAGAAGCUUACUUCAGAAAAUGGGAUUGGCCACGGUGAUUAGUUUAUGUUGCUGGCAAUUCUCCCAUUUUGUGUUCACCACACAAAUUAUCGCAUUGUUGAUAUUAAAAUGGAUGAAAAUAAUCUCCAAAUAUCUCUACAGUUUCAUUUUCACCGUUCAUGCUUGGUCCAUAGCAAUAGCGGUAUUUCUAACAGACGGUACCACCUUACUAGUUUCCCUAUAUUCCUGCCUCCUGUUCGUAAGCAACGUCUCGUGCGACACAGAGAUCUGGUCUCACACAAAACUGCAAGCACUGUUAGAAAUCGUGGGAACAAUUAUCUGUACGAAGUACUUGAAAUUAUUCUUCGCAUCCGAGGACGACGCCCACGUGUACAAUUUACUGAAGUCUAAGUUAACCGGUUAUAAGGAUUUCCACACGAUGUUGUACACGUGCUCGCCGGAGUUCGAUUUCCUACAAUACAGAAGCUACGAGGCGAUCAUAAAAACGUUGCUCCUCCCGUGUGCCAUACUAGCUGGAAUGUUGGCGGUCUAUUUCUGGUACAGAAAUUACAAAAUCAAAGGAUAUCCGAGAUGCAUAGAGCCGGAACUGGCGUACAACGGCCUACAGACCGGUGCUUUUAUCAUCAUGGCGGUCUUUAUCAUGAGGCUGAAACUGUUCAUGAACCCCCAUCUGUGCAUAAUAGCUGGCACAGUUUGCGCGAAUAGGUAUCUGGAGAAACUUGGCUUGAAAAGCGACUUGAUGAAGACAGCGGUUAUUCUUCUAUUAAUAUCUGCGAUGUCUUACCACGGGUUGGAGAGGCUGCAAGAGGAACGUAGUAUCAUAGGCGAGUACAGCAACAUCGAGCAAGAAGAACUGUUCGAGUGGAUCAAGAAACACACAUCUAAGAACGUUGUAUUCGCUGGCAAGAUGUCUUUGAUGGCGAAUUUGAUGCUCUCCACUGGAAGACCCAUCGUUAACAAUCCUUACUACGAGAGUAAAGAGAUGAGGGAUCGAACGAUGAAGGUUUACGAGAUAUUCAGCAGAAAGGACGUCACAUCCGUGUACUUCACCCUGAGGAACUUGCAAGUUGGCUACGUCGUGCUGGAGGAACCGCUUUGCUUCGGUUUCGCGAACCUACAAGUUGGAUGCCAAAUGAUCGACCUGUGGGACCUGGUGGACAACGGAACCGCGAAAGCUGCAGGGAAACUAUCCCUAUGCCCAGUAUUAUUCCGUGGAAACGCUUACCCUUUCAAAAGAGCCUUUGUAAAUAAUCGUUACGUCGUUCUGCAGCUCGAUUACUCCCAUUACGUCGAGCUGAAGCCAAAGACUUCCCUGCACUAUCAAUCCUGA